GGACUCGGGACGGCUAGGCCAGCUGCCAACCCAGCCCGAUGCAGUGUGCAGCUGCACCUAACAUGCACUACAAUCGACUUCGUGACUUCGAGGAAUCGCAUCCACGAGAGACCACCGCGGACUGCCAUCCUCAGCUUGACGACCUUGUCCCGAGCCUCCCACAACCUCGCCCGCUCGCUGCACCGACUCCACCCCACCGAGCUGUCCGCAGCCGCCGGACACGCUCUGGUUGGGCCAGCGCACGACACCAACUUGCCCGCCGUCUACAAGCCUUAUAACUGACCUGACAAGCGCACACAGUUUGUACGUCGCUCUCGGUCCAAGCCAGCAACAUGUCAGGUCUGUCAGCGCCGGGGAGCGGUGCCUACUCGUCCAACACUAUGUAUGUCGGCGAUGGGACUUGGGAUUCGCAACGGAACACGUUUCUGCUUCCCAACCUGCAAGGCUUGAAUCUUGCUACAACACAGUACAACGGCAUGGGCAAUCGCUUCCGGAACAUGAGUGGCUACCACAGCCUCAUCCUAGGACACGGCAUUCUGGCAGCCGCCACCUUCCUGUUCGUUGUCCCUGCAGCCAUUUUCCUCGCCCGCUUCUACCACCGAAACCCCCGUAUGGCGCUGCGCCUGCACAUAUGGUUGCAGAUAGGCACCGUCUUAUUAUCGACCGCACUUUUCAUUCUUGGAUUCCAAGCGGUGGGCCUGAAAAGAUCUCUUACCAACCCGCACCAUGGGAUUGGUGUCGCGAUAUACACGAUGAUUUUGAUUCAAGCCAUCGGAGGAUGUGUGAUCCACAGGCGAGAAAAAGGGAAAGAACGGUACAAGAUACCUCUUAAAUUGAUGCUUCAUCAGUGGAUAGGGAGACUUAUCGCCCUCCUGGGUAUCGUACAAGUUGCCCUCGGUCUAACGUUGUAUGGCUCGCCCCUGUGGCUUUUUGUCGUCUACGCUAUUUGGGGAUUUAUCUUAUUAUGCGCAUGGUUUAUCCUCUCCUACAGGAACCAGCCCGAGAUGGGCUUUGACGAGACAAGCACAUACAUCACAGAAACUACGAUGAGCGGCAGAAGCAGAAGCCAUCGUGGCCAUGGGUUGGGCGCGGUAGCAACAGCUGGAGCGGCAGGCGCAGGCUUAGCGGCAUUGAGAAAUCGUUCUCGCAGUCGCAGUACCCGCAGAAGGGGUGGUAGAAGAGAGGUCCUCAGCUCGCACCCCAGCACCUAUUAUACCGAUUCGCGGGUGGACGAGAAAUAUACCGAAGUUGGACGAAAGAAUCACACCUGGCGAGACCGACUGCUGGGGGCUGGUGCAGCCACAGGUGGUUUCUUUGCGCUUAAAUCCCUGUUCGGCAAGAAGAAGAUCGAACCAAGCGAAACAGCAAGCAGUGUCAGCUAUAGUCGGCCGCCUAUAGGCCAAUCUGAGGUUACGCAGACUGAUCUGAGUCGCCUUGAAGAAGGGAGGGCCCCAGCUUCCCCAGGUCGCGACCACUGGCGUCGGGUAGAAGAAAGAGAAGCAGCGCAGGAGGCCGCUAUGGGUGCAAGCCCCCUGCGCCAGGGCCAUCGAGCCACCCGCAGUGGUGCCUCCAUCGACUCUUUCGACAGCCGGACCAGUUUUGGCGACGAUAUUGUGAGACCCAAGGAGUCGCAUGGACUUCGAGAUGGAAUAGCCGCCCUCGGAUUUGCUGGCUUCCUCAAGCAUCAGUGGAGCAAGAGGAGGAACAGAAAGGAAGACGCACACGUCGCAGCUGUGAAAGAACAAGACUUGGAAGACGAGCGUAUUGCCCGGGCAAAUAGCCAACGGCGAAAGUUUACCGGGGAUGGUUUGCCUCCCAGAAGAAACGGACCGCCGUCUACAAUCUUUUCUGAAAGCGACAUCUCAGGAACAACUCCUGGCGUUCGGCCACCGAGGAGCACGACGCAUUUGACGCAGACAGAGACGAUUGCCGGGCCAUCAACGACUCCCGCACCUGCCCCAAUGGAUCCUCAUGGUGUUCUUUCCGAUUCUGGCUCUGAAGCAUAUGUGUCAGCAGGUGGCCACAGGCAUCGAAGACAUCAUAAUGGAGGGUCCGCAGCUCUUGGUGCAGCGGCAGCUGGUGCCUCGACGGACAGAAGAGACGCCAGCCAGCGCCGUGGCAGUCGGGAUGGAAGUGUCAAUUCUCCGCCUGUAUCUGUCAAGGUCAAGAUGCACAAUGAUGGAAGACAUGUGACUCUGAGGAGGCUGAACGAGGAGGAAGCUGCCGCCGAGCGUGAAGCACGAAAGAAAGAUCGAAGGCGUCGGGAUGGCAGCAUGAGUUCACUGAGCAACUUGGAGAACAACGAGCGCUGGCGGCGUACGGCAGCAAUGGAAGCCGCUCAGGCGCAAGAAAUGGCACAGGCCUCCGCGCCGAUACCCAUGCCUGAGCCAAUAAUACCAGGCCCGCCACCUGGACCGCCGCCUAUGGGAACGUCAGCAGGCCAUCAAAGCCCUCUUCCGCCUCCGCCUCCCAUUCCAGGAGCAGGUGGGAGUGUCAUGAGCAGUCCGCAGGGCACGCAAGUGUAUGGCACAGAGACGGACGUGAGCGCCUACGACUCGAACCGGAGACGGCGAAGAGCGGAACGAGCCCAGGCGAAGCAGGCAAGACUGGGUGGAAGUCGCGUUGAGUUCUCAUAACGACCAUGACGACCGGUAAGCUUGAUGAUUUCUUGUUUUUGUGCAUUUCCAGGCGUGGGGAACAAGUUGAUGGGUUUGAAAAGGCGGAGGCAACACAGGCUGUACAUGUAGUAAAUAGUUCCGUUGUUGUUGUUGUUGUUGUUGUUGAUGAUGAUGAUGAUGACGACGUCGUAAUGUUCUGAUUGUUCUUUGAGUGUUUCGAUGCGCUAUCUUCAUGUUUGCAUGUUCAAUGUCUCGGUGGCGGAUCUGCCUGGGCUAGUGUGCUUGUGUGACGGAUUUGCAAGAGCGGCCUCUUGGCGGCUUCGUUCGUGGGUCAUGAUGAUGCAGUGGGUAGCAGGCCCCAACCAUUUCAAG